CAGCAGCACAGAUCCGCUGCGUCGCACUGACUCGCAGUUCAUGCCCAGCGGAAACGGUGCAGACCGCAAACCGAGGAGGAUGACAGAGACAAGAGGCGGUGAAGUUUUCUGCUCGCAAAGGGACUGCGCUCUGACUUUACUUUAAGUGAACUGAAUGAGAACACAGAAGCCCCCCUACCCAGACACCAUUGGAGGACUAAGUGGAUUGAAGAAGGCAGAGAGCAAGUGAGGGAGUUGGAGAGGGAGGGAAGACAGAAAGGAUUAGCAGCUAAUCCAGUGCAUGGACAAUCCUGCAGGAGUCUUAUCUUUCUUCCAGGAUGAUGCAGACAAAACAGUUGCUGGAUUACGCCACCUUACUUUAUUGCCCUUUUCAAGACAGCGUCACCCUCCUUCUUCCUUUGCUCUGAUAACCUCUCAAAGGUCUGGCGUCUCGGGUACAGAGGGACCAGGGAACCGAAGAAAAAAGAAGAGGGGUCACAGGCCUGUUGACAGGAUGUCCCAUGGACGGUGUGGUGCCACACAUGGAUAAACCUCUUUAGUGGGAGACGGUGCAUGGCAGUGGACUCCCCCGCUCUCUCUGCUUGGAGUUUGAGCAAGACAAGCGCAGAAAAACUGAUGAAAUACACAAGCGAAAAGGAGUCAGUGCCAUGGACCCUAAACCGGAAUUUAAACUUGACUGACAUGUAAUCAGAGCUCAGACACACUCAUUCGAAUUAAAGGGAAAUCAACAACUUUUCUGCCACCAUGAGUCUGGGAAAACUGCCAGGGAUUAAGGGCCUUGUGUCUGGCUCUCAGGGGAAACGUCGUUUCAAGAGCGAGCUCUCCGUGGACAUGAUCAGCCCGCCGCUGGGUGACUUCCGACAUACUAUGCAUGUCGGCCGUGGCGGGGACGUGUUUGGUGACACUUCCUUCCUAAGCAACUACGGGGGCACCAGGGAGCCAGGAAGUCCGGACUCGGCAAACAGCUCCAAGACCGGGUUCUUCACACGCACCUUUCGGCAUGUGCGGAAGACCUCUGUGCCCCGGCCGCGAGGGGGCUCCCGUGACUUGUCAUCUCCACCACCGGACAUCUCACCCAUCAUCAAGAAUGCCAUCUCCCUACCACAGCUGAACAUGGACUCCCCUAAUGGGUGCCUGCAGAGGAUGCUGUUUCCCAGCUCCAUCAGCUCCACAGAUGACUCCCUCUGUGCAUAUGGCCUACAGUCUGGAUUUGUCACUCUGCCCCGCCUCUCCCGCCUUGACAGACAGUUCCCAGAAGGAAAUGUCCGGAAAACGUCUCUGUCCGACAGCGAUGGCAUCACACUGACGCGAUCAGACUCCCUCACCUCGUUCACAGUAGACCUUGGCCCUUCCCUAAUGACUGAGGUACUGAGUUUGAUUGACAACCCCAGCUGUCUUCAGAUGUCCAAUCACAGCGAGGCAGCAGGUGAGGAAGAGGAGGGAGAGGAAGAGGGGGACAGCUCUCUGACAGAGACGCCUGUGCAGAGCCCUGGCGUGACUUCACCAAACUCUUCUACAGGUAGUGGGUCAUUCAGCAGGAACAUGAACAACAGGGGGCGCUCUUGUAGCCCUAACUGGACAGAGCAAGACGAGGAGAGGCGGUCCCUGAGGACGCCAGAUGCGAGCAUGGGGUCUCCUCAGAGAGCAGAGCCCGCAAUGGAGGCGGAAAGGUUCCAGAGGGCAGCUGACGUGCUGUCUCGUCAUUAUGGAGGGUCCUUCACGAAGGGAACGAGGAUGAGCAACAGCACUCCCUCUCCUACUCAUUCCCACAGCUGCAAAUCACCACAGGCCUUUUCUGAUGAGGAGGAAGAGAUCAAAGUCUAGAUGUGGAAACUCUUUAUGAAAGAGAGCAGAAACAUCAUUGAUCCACUAAAGUCAAGUGUGACCUAAGUUCUGGGUUCAAGUCAGAGAGGCUGAACAUUGUCUGUUGUUCCUCCAUAGAAACAUUCUUCCUCUUUUCAGAGACAUUUACAAGGGGGUGUCAUUCAUCAGCCACCAGAUCCUGGUCUGUAUUGAUUUU